AUGACUGGUGUCCCGGGGGGGCACUUCCCCGCGGAUUCACCCUCCCCAGCAAAUUUCACAUCUCGUGAGCUUGUGCAAGCUGUGGAUUCCGCUCGCUCAUGGGAGGGCUUGAUCGACGAAGGACGAGAGCACGCACGGAAAGCUGAAUGGGAAGAUGCGCUGCGAGCCUUCCACAACGCUCUCAGCCUCUGCGCCCCCGAAAAGCCAUUCCCAAACGCGAGAUAUUACAAGCACCUCGCUCUUGGCGAGAUAGGAAGUGCCAACCGAAGGUUUGGCCGGUACAAGACUGCAAGUGAUUUCCUGGAAGAGGCCAUCAACGGACUGAAGCCCUGCCUCCGGCGAGUAGAGUUCAGCGGAGAGCUUGGUGUCACAUACUCGCACAUUGGCCAGCUCGAGCACGCCAGCAACGCCUUCACAAAGCAGUACGAGGCUGCCAAAGAGGUGGGGGCCGAUCGCGAGAUAUGUCGCGCAGUCGGAAACAUGGGGAUGUUGAACUUUCGCUUGUCUCAGAGAGACAACGACCAGAGCCUGCUCGACCUGGCGAUCACGCAACUCCAAGAACGGGUGGAUCUCGCAGAAGAUCUGAGACGAAAUACCCUCGCGCAGGCAGAGAGCGCCAACUCCGCCCACUGGCUCCAAGUCCUCGAAACCUGGAAGACAAUCGGGCUCUGCAGGCUCUCGUUGUGUCACUGCGCUCGGGGGAACGUCGACAAGGCCAUCGCCGUCUCCGCGGAGGCUCUCGAGAUGACGGCCCUGUCGAGAGAUGUCACAGUCAAAGCCAUGACACGAUUCUUCCACGGGCGGGCUCUUGUAAAAGGAGGGAGGCGGGAGGAGGCGCUCCGCCUGUAUAACAUCCCUGGGACGUGCUCACCUGCUAUUGCAUUUGCCAAGGAGCCGUCGGAAGAGAACCGUGGCUACUUGCAGGAGCUGGCAGACAUCGGAGCAGACUUUGACAUCGUCGAUGAGCAAGGAUAUACGGCCCUCGACCACGCCGUCUUUAGCGGGGACGUGACGACGGAAAGCAUCAUAUUGGAGGGGCUGCGAAAGGUCUCCGAGGACAAGGCCCGCGAACGGCAAACGGAAGCCAGGCUGCGCAAGGGUUACCGAGAGCUGUUCCAAGACAAGCUUCGCCCUGUCCUACUGAGCGGAGGCCUGUACGUCUUGUCCAAGCUGAGGAAGGCUUACGCAGAGGCGCUCGCAACCGACGAGACCAAGAGGAGCGUGUUCGACGGGCUGAAUUUCAUGUGGUACUCUGACUUCCUUGACUUCAAGAGACUUCCGCGAUCCGACGACGGACUGGUCCGCGAGUUCAACUCCAACUGGCCUGACAAGACUGCACGGGCUGCAGAGAAGGUUGUGUUCAUCUCGUAUCGAUGGAUCAACAAAACGCCAGGGGCGAAAUCCCCAGACGACGACAAACACACCCAGUACCGUCGCAUGAUUGACGCGAUCGAACACUACCUUCGCCUCAACCCUUCGGUGCACAAGGACAAGCUCGGGAUCUGGAUGGACCACGCCUGCGUCAACCAGGAUGACCCAAACACGGGCGUUUCGGCGUUGCCCAUGAUCAUCGCGCAGUGCGACGCAAUGAUCAGUCUCGUCGACGAGGACUACUACGACCGCGGGUGGUGCGCGGUCGAGGUCAUGAUGGCCGAGACGCUCCGGUCUUCCUAUAGCAUCCAUCAAUGGUACGAGCAUGUGGUGCAGCCGGGUGUCUCCAGAGUCGAGGGCGUGCUGAGGGAGGCCCCUGAUCGCCCGAUUGGUAUGAUGAAAGACAAGCGCCUUACGUUCGAGACGGAUCGGCCCAAGGUCCUCUUCCUGGAGAGGCAGAGCAAGCUCCUCGGAUGA